AUGUUUUAUCGCCAAGAAACCGUCGUCCUCCUGGGAGCUUCCUGGUCCUGUCGUCACUUCAGAACGGCAGAACGACAGCUUCGGCGACCAACUUCAUUCUUAUCCUUUCUGAUCGACUUUUUUAUCACACCUAGACACGCCAACACUGCCUACAUAGCACAAGCAACCUUCGCAAUGCCGUCCGACCUCUCAUCAUUCCUAGCCACGCGCUACCUUGUAGCAGACCCCAAACCAUCCAAGAAGCGAAAACGCAAGCAAGCAACCGACGGCCUCAUCAUCGCCGACGACGACGACUCCUGGGCCAACCCCUCUUCCUCCAGACAAGACAACGACGACUCCACACUCGAUGGCUCCGUCACAGUCUCCGGCACGAGCGCCGACUUUCGUCGCAGCAAAAAAUCCAACUGGAAAUCUCUCAACGGCCAAUCGACCACCACCGCCACCACCACCACCACCACCACAAGAACACCAGCUACAGACAGCGACGCAGCAGCAGCAAACGCAAUCCUAGCCUCCGCCGCCGCCGAAUCCUCCGCCGCGCACGACGCCGACGACGAACUCCCCACCAUAGCCCACGACGGCGGCGGCGACCCCUCCGUCGUCAAAAUGAGCGACGGCACCCACGCAGGCCUGCAGUCCGCCGCCUCCGUCGCCGCCCAGCUGCGCAAGCGCCGCGAAGCCGAAGAAGCCGAGUUCACCGCCCUGCGCAAGAAAAAAACCAGCAAGAAAAACGAAGGAAAGGAGGAAGAAGAGGAAGAAGAAGAGACUGUCUACCGCGACGCCACGGGCCGUCGUGUCGACGUCGCCAUGAAACGCGCCGAGGCGAGGCGGAUGGCUGCCGAGCAGGAGGAGCGCGACCGCGAGAGGCAGGCCAAGACGACGGCGCGUGGUGACGUCCAGGCUGCCGAGGCGCGGGCGAGGAGGGAGGCGCUCGAGGAGGCCAAGACUAUGACCUUCGCCCGGACGGCGGACGAUGAGGAGAUGAACCGCGAGAUGAAGGACAGGCAGAGGUGGAAUGACCCCAUGGCGCAGUUUAUGGAUACCGCUGACAGUGGUGGUGGCGCUGGCGAUGGCGGGGGAAAGAGCAAGAAAGGGAAGGGCAGGAGGCCGGUGUAUACUGGCGCCGCGCCGCCGAACCGCUAUGGGAUUCGGCCCGGGUACCGGUGGGAUGGCGUUGACAGGAGUAACGGCUUCGAAGGGGAGCGCUUCAAGGCCAUUAACCGGAGGGAGAGGAACAAGGGCCUGGACUACGCAUGGCAGAUGGACGAGUAAAGGGACGGGAGCUAAAGCGUUGCUACCAAAACCGGGCCGCUUUGUAUUUAUGAUUAUAUAGCCUAAGGUAUCAUGGCAAAGAGAACCCCAAAAAAGAAAGACCCCCCCCCGAUUGAUCU